CCCCCGCCUUCCCCGGCUGAGGAAAAUGGCCGACGUAGAGCUGGAAAUCGAGUCUACAAGAAUGAAUAAUAAUGGGAACGAACACGUGAAAGAAGAUUUGGAGAGCAAUGAGAAGAGUGGGAGCGAGGAGGAGAGUGUUGAAAAUUCUGAAGAUGAAGAGGACGAUAAAGAGGUUGGAGAGGGGGCAGCUGAAAUGAAUGGAGAAAAGACAGCAGAGAGGUCCAAACAUUACAGCAGUGGCAGCAAACACAAGAAAAAGAAGCACAAACACCGCAGCAAGCACAAAAAACACAAACACGCCUCCGAAGAGGACAAGGACCGCAAGCGCAAACAUCGACACAAACACAAGAAACACAAACGUAAAGAUGGCUCCUCUCCAUCCGCCCCUGGCAUCAACAGCUCCUCCAGCCACAGAAAAACGGACAUAUCCCCUGUAUCUGAUGACAAGGCUUUAUUGGAGGAGUUGGAGAAACAGAGGGCCAUGAUCAAAGCAGAGCUAGACAGCCAGAUGAUGGAGGGAGGCAAGGUGCAGUCAGGCAUGGGCCUCAUCCUACAGGGUUAUAACUCUGGCUCCGAGGAGGGAGAUGGAGAUGGGGGGGUCCGGAAUGGGGAGCAGCACCAGAGGGGCAGCAUGGCAAAGCCCCCCUCCCCCAGGGGUAGGAGUGGUAAAUCCAGACGGGACACCACAGAAGCAGGCAAGUCCAGCUCCAAGCGCCACAGUCGGAGCAAGUCUAGGGACAAGACUGGCAAGGAGUCCAAGUCAGACAAAACGACCAAAGGCACCAAAAACACUGCCGCCAAAGACCGUGGCCGCAGCAAAUCAAAAGAGAGGAAACGCUCCCGGAGCAGGUCCAAAGAGAGAAGCAAGAAGUCUCCUUCCCCCUCUAGCAGGAGAUCAGAGCAGAGGGGCGGCCGCUUGGAUAAACGCUCUUCGCCCCAGAACGAUGACAGACCAAACGCGGUGCACGGCAGCCGUAAGUCCAGAUCACGGGAGCGUCCAGGACGAUCGGAUGCGGAGAAAGAGCCGGACAAGAGGCCGACCAAGUCCCCGUUUAAGGACACCUCGUCAGGGAAAGAGAAUCGCUCUCCCCAAAGGCGAGGAGGAAGGGAGCUCAGCAGCCCCCAGAGGAGACGCAGCACCUCCCCACGCUCCACCAGAGACUCCCAACGGGCAUCAGCUUCAGCCUCUACGUCCAAACAGGGCUCUCCUUCCAGAGCAGCCAGGUCCCCAGCCAGGAGAGGCAGCAGUCGCUCCAUAGACGCCAGGAGGAGGGAUGCUGACAGACAGGGCUCCUCACCACUAAGGAAGCGAAUACGGCCAGAAGCUGGACCAGGGGGUAGAGCGAGGUCACGGGAGACCAGCCCCAGAGGUGCUCCCCAAGGUCGCAGGAUGAGCCGCUCUCCCUUCAGAAGAAGGUCUCCCUCGCCCUUCCGGAGACGGAGUAGAUCUCCACUGAGACGCAGGUCACCAGAGAGGGACAGGUACGGCCGUCUCAGACAGUACGGCAGGCGCUCCAACUCCCGGGACCGGGACAGGAGGAGGAGACAUGGCCGGGACGAGGACAAAUUCAAGGGCAGCCUCUCUGAGGGCAUGAAGGCCGACAAGGAGUCCUCCGAAGAGGAAGUGUUCGAGGAUUUUGACGGUGAGGAGGUGGAUGAAGAGGCCCUCAUAGAACAGCGCCGCCAGCAGCGUCUAGCUAUCGUCCAGAAAUACCGUGGCGGCAACGAGGACAGCAUGACGUCUAUGGCGUCGGAUCCCAGUAGCCCCCAGAGCAGCACGCGGAGCCGCUCGCCCUCACCAGACGACAUCCUGGAGCGCGUGGCGGCCGAUGUGAAGGAGUACGAGCUGGAGAACCUGGACACGUUUGAGGAGAACAUCAAGGCCAAGCAAGGCCUCAUCACACAGGAGAAGGAUGGACUCAAAAAGCCCUCAGCCCCUGAUAUGUUUACAGAAUCGGACGACAUGUUUGAAGCAGCCAUUGAUAGUGCCAGGAUGAGAGCAGCAGGUGUGGGGGGGAAGGACUUCAAAGAGAACCCCAACCUCCGGGACAACUGGACUGACGCAGAGGGUUACUACCGUGUGAACAUCGGGGAGACGCUGGACAAGCGCUACGACGUGUAUGGCUACACAGGCCAGGGAAUGUUUAGCAAUGUGAUCAGGGGCAGGGACACGGCCCGCGCCGGACAGGAUGUGGCUGUCAAGAUCAUCCGCAACAACGAGCUCAUGCAGAAGACUGGCCUGAAGGAGCUGGAGUUCCUCAAGAGGCUCAACGACGCCGACCCAGAUGACAAGUUCCACUGCCUGCGCCUCUUCAGACACUUCUACCACAAGCAGCACCUGUGUCUGGUGUUUGAGCCCCUCAGUAUGAACUUGCGCGAGGUGUUGAAGAAGUAUGGUAAGGAUGUGGGCCUCCACAUCAAGGCAGUCCGCUCCUACACCCAGCAGCUCUUCCUGGCCCUCAAGCUCCUCAAACGGUGCAACAUCCUCCACGCUGACAUCAAGCCCGACAACAUCUUGGUGAAUGAGUCGAAGACCAUCCUGAAACUCUGCGAUUUUGGCUCGGCAUCCCACGUGGCGGACAACGACAUCACGCCGUACCUCGUCAGCAGAUUCUACAGAGCUCCCGAAAUCAUCAUUGGGAAGCCGUACGACUACAGCAUAGACAUGUGGUCGGUGGGCUGCACCCUAUACGAACUCUACACAGGCAAGAUCCUGUUCCCCGGCUCCUCCAACAACCACAUGAUCAAACUUGCCAUGGACCUCAAGGGCAAGAUGCCCAACAAGAUGAUCCGGAAAGGCCUGUUCAAAGACCAGCACUUUGAUCAGAACCUCAACUUCCUCUACAUUGAAGUAGAUAAAGUGACUGAAAGGGAGAAGGUGACAGUGAUGAGCACCAUCAACCCCACCAAGGACCUGUUGUGUGACAUGGUAGGGGGCCAGCGGCUGCCCGAGGAGCAGAGGAAGAAGGUCCUGAUCCUCAAAGACCUGAUCGACGGCACUCUGAUGCUGGACCCGGCCAAACGCAUCAGUAUCAACCAGGCCCUGCAGCACCCCUUCAUCCAGGAGAAAAUCUGACCUCAGACCAGCUCACACUACACCACUAGCCUGGUUCCAGAUCCAUUUGUGCUGUCUCGCCAACUAUGGUCAUUCUGAUGUCAAUUGCAUGACAACAACAACCGUUGGCAAAACAGAUCUGGGACCAGGCUACUAUACCACCACCACCCAGAGCAGCGAUGUCAGGUCAAAUACUGCAGUAUGGCAGCCAAAAAGACAAGACCAGACUCCUCAUUAAGAAUGUUAUGGAUGUAUAUUUUUCCCUCCCCUUAUUUUGAUUGAUAGGUACUAUAACCUGGUAUCUAGUUUUAUUGUAAAUAGGUCAUUGAAAAUUGACAUUAAAAAAAUGUUUUAACUGGCAAUGAAAUGACAGACAUUGACAGAAUAUAAUUACUGUAAAUAUGUCUAUUGCGUUGUUGGAAGAAUCAGUGUUCAUCAGUCUAGAAAUUUGGGUCGUGUACUAGUCGCAUCAAGAAGAUGAUACAUAAUGGCACAUCUUCUGCAGUUUCUUUUUUAUGAUUACUAACAUUGCUCAUUCUGCUACGAUGCAUGCUUUUGAAUGUGCAUUCUUUCAUUGUGCCCUAGAUGUGUGUAGCGCAGGCCUGUGUAAUGUAAAUGCUCUGUGUGCGUAGCAGCAAUUAUGUCCCAUAUGUAAUGGCAGCACAAGCCCAAUUUCACAGGUCCCAGGCCUGUGCUUAAGGAAUGGACUCUCCUCAGAAAAAUAGGAAUGUUCCAUUUCAAGCACAGUCAUUGUGUUAUUUUACAGAACAGCCUCGAUUGACUCCAAUGAUUUCACAACUUUUCUUUAUUUCUCACUUUUUCUCUCUCUGACAUGGUCCUGCCUAUAGGCUUUCAGUCUCGUGCAUGAGCCUUGUGUGUAAAACACAUAAAAAUGCCAGCUUGUGGAAGCCACCACUCUCCCUCAUUGCUCUCCUAUGUUGUGUUCACACAGUUUAUUAGGUACACGCAUGUAGUACCGGAUCGGAUCCCCCUUUGCCUCCAGAACAGCCUGGAUUAUUUGGGGCGUGGAAUCUACAAGUCUGAAACGUUCCACAGGGAUGUUGGUCCUUGCUAACGCAAUGGCAUCACACCACCGCCACCAGCCUGUACCGUUGACACCAGGCAGGAUGGGUCCUGCUGCGUAUGCCAAGUCCUGACUCUGCCAUCAGCAUGACGCUUCAUGAUUCGACAGACCAGGCAAUUUUUUUCCACCUCUUUUUAUUUAUUUUUUAACCCCUUUUUCGCCCUAAUUUCAUGGUAUUCAAUUGGUAGUUAGUCUUGUCUCAUCGCUAACCCGGACCACGCUGGGCCAAUUGUGCACCGCCCCAUGGGUCUCCUGGUUGCGGCCAGCUGUGACAGAACCUGGACUCGAACCCAUAAUCUCUAGUGGCAUAGCUAACACUACGAUGCAGUACCUUAGACCACUGUCCCACUUGGGAGGCCCUAUUUUUCCACUUCUCAAUUGUCCAGUGUUGGUGAUCGCGUGCCCACUGGAGCCUCUUCUUCUUUUUAGCUGAUAGGAGUGGAACCCGGUGUGCUCGUCUGCCGCAAUAGCCCAACCGUGACAGGAAUCGACGAGAUCUGCGCUCCGAGAUGCCCUUCUGCACACCACACUGCCAUUAUUUGUCUGCUUGUGGCCAGCCUGUUAGCUUGCACGAUUAUUGCCAUUCUCCUUCGGCCCCUCACCAGUGAGCUGUUUUCGCACCAUUCUCGGGACACCCUACACACUGUUGUGUGUGAAAAGCCCAGGAGGCAGCUGUUUCUGAGAUACUGGAUCCGGCGUUCCUGGCACCGACGAUCAUAUGACAUACGCUUAGUCUUUUUGCCCAUUCUAAAGCUUAGUCUUUUUGCCCAUUCUAACGUUCAACCGAACAGUAACUGAAUGCCUCGGUGCCUGUCUGCCUGCUUUAUAUACAGUCGUGGCCCAAAAUAUUGAGAAUGACACAACAAUGAAUUUCCACAAAGUUUGCUGCUUCAGUGUCUUUAGAUAUUUUUGUCAGAUGUUACUAUGGAUACUGAAGUAUAAUUACAAGCAUUUCAUAAGUGUCAAAGGCUUGUAUUGACAAUUACAUGAAGUUGACGCAAAGAGUCAUUUGCGGUGUUGACCCUUCUUUUUCAAGACCUCUGCAAUCUACCCCCGCAUGCUGUCAAUUAACUUCUGAGACUGAUGGCAGCCCAUUCUUGCAUAAUCAAUGCUUGGAGUUUGUCAGAAUUUAUGGAUUUUUGUUUGUCCACCCACCUCUUGAGGAUUGACCACAAGUUCUCACUGGGAUUAAGGUCUGGGGAGUUUCCUGGCCAUGGACCCAAAAUUUAAAUGUUUUGUUCCCCGAGCCACUUAGUUAUCACUUUUGCCUUAUGGCCAGGUUGUCCAUCAUGCUGGAAAAGGCAUUGUUCGUCACCAAACUGUUCCUGGAUGGUUGGGAGAAGUUGCUCUCGGAGGAUGUGUUGGUAACAUUCUUUAUUCAUGGCUGUGUUCUUUGGCAAAAUUGUGAGUGAGCCCACUCCCUUGGCUGAGAAGCAACCCCAAUGGUCUUAGGAUGCUUUACUCUUGGCAUGACACAGGACUGGUGGUAAGCGCUCACCUUGUCUUCUCCGUACAAGCUUUUUUCCGGAUGCCCCAAACAAUUGGAAAGGGGAUUCAUCAGAGAGUCCUCAGCAGUCCAAUCCCUGUACCUUUUGCAGAAUAUCAGUCUAUAUCAGAGAAGUGACUUGUUUGCUACCCUUCUUGACACCAGGCCAUCCUCCAAAAGUCUUUGCCUCACUGUGCGUGCAGAUGCACUCACACCUGCCUGCUGCCAUUCCUGAGCAAGCUCUGUACUGGUUGUGCCUCAAUCCCACAGCUGAAUCAACUUUAGGAGACGGUCCUGGCACUUGCUGGACUUUCUUGGGCGCCCUGAAGCCUUCUUCACAACAAUUGAACCGCUCUCCUUGAAGUUCUUGAUGAUCCGAUAAAUGGUUGAUUUAGGUGAAAUCUUACUGGCAGCAAUAUCCUUGAAGCCAUUUUUGUGCAAAGCAAUGAUGACGACACGUGUUUCCUUGCAGGUAACCAUUGUUGACAGAGGAAGAACAAUGAUUCGCUGCAAAGCAUUUUUCAGGUCUCUCCCGAGAUGUUCGAUCGGGUUCAAGUCUAGGCUCUGGCUGGGCCACUCAAGGACUUGUCCCGAAGCCACUCCUGCUUUGUCUUGGCUGUGUGCUUAGGGUCGUUGUCCUGUCGGAAGGUGAACCUUCGCCCCAGUCUGAGAACCUGCUCCAGAGCAGGACUUCAUCAAGGAUCUCUCUGUACUUUACUCCGUUCAUCUUUCCCUCGAUUCUGACUAGUCUACCAGUCCUUGCCUCUGAAAAACAUGCCCACAGCAUGAUGCUGCAACAACCAUGUUUCCUCCAGAAAUGACGCUUGGCAUUCAGGCCAAAGAGUUCAAUCUUGGUUUCUUUAGACCAGAGAAUCUUGUUUUUCAUGGUCUGCGAGUCCUUUAGGUGCCUUUUGGCAAACUCCAAGCGGGCUGUCAUACUGAGGAGUGGCUUCUGUCUGGCCACUCGACCAUAAAGGCCUGAUUGGUGGAGUGCUGCAGAGAUGGUUGUCCUUCUGGAAGGUUCUCCCAUCUCCACAGAGGAAUUCUGGAGCUCUGUCAGAGUGACCAUCGGGUUUGGUCACCUACCUGACCAAAACCCUUCUCCCCCGAUUGUGCAGUUUGGCCUAGUGGACAGCUCUAGGAAGAGUCUUGGUGGUUCCUCUAUGUUCUUGGGGACCUUCAAUGCUCCAGAAAUUUUUGGGUACCUUUCCCCAGAUCUGUGCCUCAAUCAAUUUAAUUUACACCAAUUAAGUUGUAGAAACAUCUGAAAGAUAAUCAAUGGAAACAGGAUGCACCUGAGCUCAAUUUCAAGUCUCACAGCAAAGGGUCUGAAUACUUAUGUAAAUAAGGUGUUUUUAUUUUUAAUACAUUUGCAAAAAAAAUCUAAACCUGUUUUCGCUUUGUCAUUAUGGGGUAUAGUGUGAGGAACAUUUUUUAUUUAAUCCGUUUUACAAUAAGGCUGUAACAUAACAAAAUGUGGAAAAGGGGAAGAGGUCUGAAUACUUUCCGAAUGCACUGUAUCAAGCCACUGCCACAUGACUCACUGUCUAUAGGCGCGAUCCAUUUUGGGAAUGGGAUGGUGUACCUAAUAAACUGAGUAUAUAUUC